AUGAUCCAUGGACGCGCUGUGUUGCACAUUGUAGCAAGUUUAAUCAUCCUUCAUUUAUCUGGGGCAACCAAGAAAGGAACAGAAAAGCAAACCACCUCAGAAACACAGAAGUCAGUGCAGUGUGGGACUUGGACAAAACAUGCAGAUGGAGGUGUCUUUACGUCUCCCAAUUAUCCCAGCAAGUACCCCCCUGAUCGGGAGUGCAUCUACAUCAUAGAAGCUGCCCCAAGACAGUGCAUUGAACUUUACUUUGAUGAAAAAUACUCUAUUGAACCUUCUUGGGAGUGCAAAUUUGAUCAUAUUGAAGUUCGAGAUGGACCUUUUGGCUUUUCUCCGAUAAUUGGACGUUUCUGUGGACAGCAGAACCCACCUGUGAUAAAAUCCAGUGGAAGAUUUCUAUGGAUUAAAUUUUUUGCUGAUGGAGAGCUAGAAUCAAUGGGAUUUUCAGCUCGAUACAACUUCACACCUGAUCCUGACUUUAAGGACCUUGGCGUUUUGAAACCAUUACCAGCUUGUGAGUUUGAGAUGGGCGGCCCCGAAGGAAUCGUGGAGUCUGUGCAAAUUAUGAAGGAAGGCAAAGCUUCCGCUAGUGAGGCCGUCGAUUGCAAAUGGUACAUCCGAGCACCACCACGGUCCAAGAUCUACUUACGGUUCUUGGACUACGAGAUGCAGAACUCCAAUGAAUGCAAAAGGAAUUUUGUGGCUGUGUAUGAUGGCAGCAGCUCCGUGGAGGACUUGAAAGCCAAGUUCUGCAGUACGGUGGCCAACGACGUGAUGCUACGCACUGGUCUCGGGGUGAUCCGCAUGUGGGCAGAUGAAGGCAGUCGAAACAGUCGCUUUCAAAUGCUCUUCACGUCCUUUCAAGAACCUCCCUGUGAAGGCAAUACCUUCUUCUGCCAUAGUAACAUGUGCAUUAACAACACAUUGGUCUGUAAUGGGCUCCAGAACUGCGUGUAUCCUUGGGAUGAAAAUCACUGUAAAGAAAAAAGGAAAGCCAAUCUCCUGGACCAGCUGACCAACACAAGUGGGACUGUCAUUGGCGUGACUUCCUGCAUCGUCAUCAUCCUUAUCAUCAUCUCUGUCAUUGUGCAGAUCAAACAGCCUCGUAAGAAAUAUGUCCAGAGGAAAUCAGACUUUGACCAGACGGUGUUCCAGGAGGUGUUUGAGCCUCCACAUUACGAGUUAUGCACUCUCAGAGGGACGGGGGCUGCAGCUGACUUUGCAGAUGUGCCAGAUGACUUUGAAAAUUACCAUAAACUGCGGAGGUCAUCUUCCAAAUGCAUUCAUGACCAUCACUGUGGAUCACAGCUGUCCAGCGCUAAAGGCAGCCGCAGUAACCUCAGCACAAGAGAUGCUUCUGUAUUGACAGAAAUGCCCCCACAGCCCGUCAAACCCCUCAUCCCGCCCGUGAGCAGAAGGAAUAUCCUUGUAAUGAAACACAACUACUCGCAAGACGCUGCAGAUGCCUGUGACAUUGAUGAGAUUGAGGAGGUACCCACCACGAGUCACAGGCUGUCCAGACACGAUAAAGCCGUCCAGCGGUUCUGCCUCAUUGGGUCUCUAAGCAAACAUGAAUCUGAAUACAACACAACUAGGGUCUAA